AUUGCUUUUGUCUUCUUCCUUUCAGCUGACAUUAUCUCUACGGUAGAAUUCAACCACACUGGAGAGUUACUAGCGACGGGGGACAAGGGGGGUAGGGUUGUAAUAUUUCAGCGAGAACAGGAGAGUAAAAAUCAGGUUCAUCGUAGGGGUGAAUACAAUGUUUACAGCACAUUCCAGAGCCAUGAACCCGAGUUCGAUUACCUGAAAAGUUUAGAAAUAGAAGAAAAAAUCAAUAAAAUAAGAUGGCUCCCUCAACAAAAUGCAGCUUACUUUCUUCUGUCUACCAACGAUAAAACUGUGAAGCUAUGGAAAGUUAGUGAGCGUGAUAAGAGGCCAGAAGGCUACAACCUGAAAGAUGAGGAGGGCCGUCUCCGGGAUCCUGCCACCAUCACAACCCUGCGGGUGCCUGUCCUGAGACCCAUGGACUUGAUGGUGGAGGCUACCCCACGAAGAGUGUUUGCCAAUGCGCACACAUACCACAUCAACUCCAUAUCUGUCAACAGCGACUAUGAGACCUACAUGUCUGCUGAUGACCUAAGGAUUAACCUGUGGAACUUUGAGAUAACCAAUCAGAGUUUUAAUAUCGUAGAUAUCAAGCCAGCCAAUAUGGAGGAGCUCACAGAAGUGAUCACAGCAGCCGAGUUCCACCCCCACCACUGCAACACCUUUGUAUACAGCAGCAGCAAGGGGACAAUCCGGCUGUGUGACAUGCGGGCAUCCGCGCUGUGUGACAGGCACACCAAGUUUUUUGAAGAGCCAGAAGAUCCAAGCAACAGAUCGUUUUUCUCUGAAAUUAUCUCUUCAAUUUCGGAUGUGAAGUUCAGCCACAGUGGGAGGUAUAUCAUGACCAGAGACUAUCUGACUGCGAAAGUCUGGGAUCUCAACAUGGAAAAUCGCCCCGUAGAGACAUACCAGGUUCAUGACUACCUCCGUAGCAAGUUGUGCUCCCUCUACGAAAAUGACUGCAUUUUUGAUAAAUUCGAGUGUGUGUGGAAUGGGUCAGACAGCGUCAUCAUGACGGGCUCCUACAAUAACUUCUUCAGGAUGUUCGACCGAAACACCAAGCGUGAUGUGACCCUUGAGGCCUCAAGGGAAAACAGCAAACCCCGGGCUAUCCUCAAACCCCGAAAAGUGUGCGUCGGGGGCAAGCGAAGAAAAGAUGAGAUCAGUGUUGACAGUCUGGACUUUAGCAAAAAGAUCUUGCAUACAGCUUGGCAUCCUUCAGAAAAUAUUAUAGCAGUGGCGGCUACAAAUAACUUAUAUAUAUUCCAGGACAAGGUUAAUUAGGAGGAUGAGUUACUACUUAGUCUCACAUACUGAAUACUAGUUAAACAAGUUUUUAAAUGUUUCUUUGGGUCUUCAUUUUGAUGCAUUGACUUUCAUUUCCCUAUGCAUAAAACAAUUGGAAUAGAACUUAAAAGGAGUUCAAUGUUCUCAACUCCCCAAUUCUAAGAAACGUCUGUCAAACUCGGUAGGCUUGGGACACUUCUGUUUAGAGUUGAGAGCUGCCAACGGCAGUAACUCUUCACAGUCCACUGAAUUUCUGAUGCGUUCGUUCAUUGCCCAGUUCUCUCUGGUGGGUUCUGUGUUUUGUUUCUAGGUGUCUGCUGCGAUAAAAUGAGAUUGUCUGUAGUAUUUAAGGAGAAAAAGAGAUAAGGUUUUUUUUUUAAUUAAGCAAUUCCAUUUGUUUGAAAAAAAAUCAACAACAAAAAAUAAACACUGUUUACUCUUAAGAAUUUCCUCUUUGUGGAUAAAAAUAUAAUAAAUCAGGCCUGACCAGUGUA